AUCGACUGCCAAUCAGAGAGCUCGGAAGGGCGCAGAGGGGCGGGGCUACACCUCUUCUCCUGCAUUAUUUAUUUAUAUUUUUGUUUUAUUUUUUAUUUUUUUGCGAGAAUCCGGGAGCGGGCCGGGUGACGUAUGAGCGAUCUACGGGAUUGCUGAAGUGGAACGCGAAGAUAAAUAAAUAACACGCCGCGGGUUCCAUCCGCGCUCAGGAUUCUGAGGCCAGAUCGCUAUCUCCCGAAACACCGGCCCUGUGAUCGCUUCAUCAGCCAAGGGCACCUGGGGGACUUCGGCUUCUCACCCCGAUCGGAGGUCGGCAGCCACUAGCAGUCAUCCGGGGGGCUUUUGGGCACAGCCGAGCCUGGGCGGUGUCAGCGCCGGGAGAAGAUGGUGUCGUGGAUGAUCUCCAGGGCCGUAGUGCUGGUGUUUGGUAUGCUGUAUCCGGCUUACUACUCCUACAAAGCUGUGAGGACGAAAAAUGUGAAAGAAUAUGUUCGAUGGAUGAUGUAUUGGAUAGUGUUUGCCCUCUACACUGUGACAGAAACAAUAGCUGAUUUAACCAUAUCCUGGUUUCCUCUUUAUUAUGAAGUGAAGAUUGCCUUUGUUGUAUGGUUAUUGUCCCCAUACACUCGAGGGGCCAGCCUGCUGUACAGAAAAUUCUUGCAUCCUCUUCUGUCCUCACGAGAAAAGGAGAUUGAUGAGUAUAUUGUGCAAGCCAAGGAAAAGGGAUAUGAAACAAUGGUGAACUUCGGCAAGCAGGGGUUGAAUAUAGCUGCUACCGCCGCUGUGACUGCUGCUGUGAAGGGACAGGGAGCCAUAACAGAGCGUUUACGCAGUUUCAGUAUGCACGACUUGACAGCCAUACAAGGGGAUGAGCCAGAAGGAUGCAGACCCUUCCCCACGCUUCCCCAAAAGAAGCCCAGAGCCCCUAAUACAGAAGAGCAUGUGUACGGCUCAUUCCGAAAAGACUCUGGUGAUGAUAAAACAGAUGAAGAGACAGAAGGGGCUCAUUCGGAUGAUGAAAUGUAUUCACAGAAGGGCCUUCGGAGGUCCCAAAGUGUGCGCUCAGUAAAAGGGAUCAAAGGACGCAAAGAGAUACGAUACGGAUCACUAAAACACAAGGUGAAGAAGAGACCGCAGUUGUAUUUUUGAGGGGACCAGACUGCACUUCUUCUUCGGAACUGCUGUGUUACAAUAUUUCUGUGUAUGAUAUACGAUGAUGAGAUUUGUACAUUUCAAAACCAGCAUUAAUGUUACACGUUUGUUGAGAUUAUAGAGGGUUAUAUCCUUUCAUGCUUGAUAUAGCUUUAAAUACAUUGUGCCUUAAAUAGACAGUCUUACCCAUACAGAUAAAUAGUCACAGAGCAAUAAAACCAAUGGGCCCAUC